GGGCCUUUACCUACUAUUACUCGAGUGUAGAGGUGUAUGAUGAUAUCAGGGCCGGUCUUCAAUUUCAAGAUACGUGGAAGAUUUGCUAUCGUAAUCAGCACCAAAGUGCAUACAAAGGUUUGUGGCGUAUAAGCCUCAUUCAAGGUAAAGUUGUGAACGCUCUUCUUGCCGCAGAAAAAGGACGUGCUCAAGCUCUGAGAGAUCUCAUGGACGCAAGAUAUCAGCCUGAAGAUACUUCCAGGAGGAGCGGUUCGUGCCUUUCCCUGAGUUCUGUUCCAUCAAGCACAGUUUUCAUAGCAAUCAGUGGACCGUGCGUUUACUUCUGGGUUUGCCUCAGUGAAGAUAAUAUCCAAAUGAGAAAGAUUCACGUGAACAAUUAUAAGUGUGAGGAUGAAUUGGAAUCUUUCAUCCAGCUACUGAACAAAACUGCCCUUAUGGAGAAUUUUAGGGGAGAUGCUGUCACACGCGGAAAUCCUUCAGCUGAUUCGCCAAAAGAGGAUCAAGUGGCCAAAGAUAUGAUCCGAGAUGAUGUGAGGUACUCACAAUCAAGUGCUCUGCAGAAGCUUCGUGACAUCAUCGUUAGUCCUAUCGCUGAUCUGAUCGAAGGCAACGAGCUAACUGUCGUUCCAGAGGGGCCAUUUUGCCUUGUACCUUAUGCCGCAUUGGAGGACUCGAGGUCAUCGUGUCUAAAUGAUUCUUUCACAAUUCGUGUGCUUCCGUCCUUGACGACCUUACAACAAAUACAUGAUUGCCCAGCUGACUUCCACGCGAAGAGUGGUGCAUUGCUGGUUGGCGACCCAUGUUUCAGAGAUAUCAUCUACCAGGGAAGACGUUUAGUGCAACUUCCGGGAGCAAGAAAAGAAGUGGAGAUGAUUGGACGCAUCCUCAAUCAUUCCCCUCUCACUGGAGAAAAGGCUACAAAAGAUGAGGUGUUAAAACGAAUGUCAUCAGUGGCGUUAGUGCACAUUGCAGCGCAUGGUAAAAUGGAAACUGGGGAAGUCAUCUUGGCACCAAACACUACAAGGAAAAACUCUCAGCCAGAAGAAAAAGACUAUCUACUGACGAUGAAAGAUGUCCUAGAAGCUGGGCUGCGGGCUCGACUGGUUGUACUGAGUUGUCCUCACAGUGCUCGUGGGGAGGUCAUGGCCGAGGGUGUGGUCGGCAUCGCACGAGCAUUUUUGGGUGCCGGUGCCAGAUCUGUUGUGGCAACCUUAUGGGCAAUUGAUGACGAGGGAACCCUGGAGUUCAUGAGUUUCUUCUACGAUGCACUUGCUAAGGGCAAGAAGGCAAGCGAAGCUCUCCAGCAGGCCAUGAAGUGUAUGAGAGAAAUCGAAAAGUACGAGGAGGUGAAGUACUGGGCACCAUUUGUACUCAUUGGUGAUGACGUCAACCUGGAUUUCAAGGAAAUUCAGACUCUGAACCAUCUGAGGCAGUGAGCAUUGCAACUAUAUCAGAACAAGGACCAAACCCGAGGAAGUUAACGAUGAUAUUUGGAUCAGAAAGCAGUAAGCUACUGAUGAAAACUUUGUCAAGAGUCUUCUUUUUAAAGCAGGGAGAGUCAACAGAGAGUCAAAACUUGACUUGUCACCCGUCUGAACUGUUCUUACGAGCUUGAAGGAUUUUGGAUACUCUAAAGGAAAAGAACUUUCAAAUGUUUUGAUCCUUAAUAUCUUACUCAAACUGAUUUUCGUGUAAUUUUUCUUUUAAUGAGAUGUCUUGAAAUUAUCAUGACCAGCAAUAUAGAAAGUUAUAUUUUUAAUCUAACAUGGACGUUAAUGUGGGCGUCACAUUAACGUCAAAGUUGAGACUCUUUAAGGUGAUUUCCAGAGAUUUUUUUUACAGAUUUUCUCUCGAUCGGUUUUUGCCAGAUGACUGAUAUAAAGCUAUUACAACCAUAUCCAUAGACCUUUGAGAA